AUGAAAUUGGACAGACAAGCCCUCGGAGUUAUCCGAUUAACGUUAUCGCGCAAUGUUGCCUUUAAUAUAGCAAAGGAAAAGACCACGACAGGUCUUAUGAAAUCUCUCUCAAAUAUGUAUGAGAAGCCAUUAGCCUCUAAUAAAGUUCAUUUAAUGAGGCGAUUAUUCAAUUUGCGGAUGACGGAAGGUGCAUCGGUAGCUCAACCUCUCAACGAACUUAAUUCAGUCACAACUCAAUUAAGUUCAGUCGAAAUAGAUUUUGAAGAUGAAGUUCGAGCAUUGAUACUUUUAUCUUCUUUACCAGAUAGCUGGAGUGCUACAGUCACAGCUGGGUGUAGCUCGUCAGGAAGAAAUAAGUCAAAAUUUGACGACGUUCGUGAUCUGGUUCUCAGGGAAGAGAUCCAACAGAGAGAGUCGGAUGAAUCAUCAACCUCUUCAGUAUUGCAUACGGAGUCAAGAGGAAGAAAUACAACUAGAAGGAAUGAACGUGAAAGAUCAAGCUGA